ACGAAAGCUCAUCUGCCGUGGUGAACAGGCACUGCGAUAGUCACCUAUGACUUCACUCUGGGUCCUUCUUGUAGAUGAAGAAAGAUGGCGGCGUCCGUGCUGUGCAGGAGGGUAGCAGUGUUAUGUAGAACUUUAAGUGGAAUUUCAUCUUCAAAAACUGCGAAUUCUCCGUAUGGGCCUCUGCUGCAGAUAGCGUACUACAACCCCAGACCUCUCAAGCUAAACCUCUGUGAUCCAUAUAUUCCAGACAAAGACAGUCGGAAGACGCCGGAGUGGCAGAAGACGGCCCGGUACGACGGGAAGCUGUACGGUCGCUACGGCUCGGCGUCGGGCAUCGACCCCACGUCCCUUUGGCCCAGCCACGAGCAGCUCGACGGGAUCAUCGCAGAGGAGAACGAGUGGCACCCUCCGCUAGAGGUGAUGCUAAGGAACAUAGCGGUCAAGGAGAGGGAGGAAACCGAAAAAUGGCAGGCAAAAGAGAGACUCAUUGCAGCAAACAUGGCCAAAAUGCCCAAGAUGAUAGCCGACUGGCGCAGAGAAAAGCGUGAAACCAAACAGAAGCUAAAGGAGGACAAGGCUCGCCGUGCAAAGUUGCUGGCUCAGGCCAGAGAGCGUUUUGGCUAUGCAGUGGACCCCCGCAGCCCCAAGUUCUUGGAAAUGGUUGCUGAGAUAGAAAAAGAGGAGAAGAAGAAGAAGAAACUAAUGAAACGCAGACUGAAAGAAGAGCAGGCGGCAGCUCCUGUCACACCGCCUGCUGCCUCUUCAUAGUCUUGGACUGAGUCAUUUUAGACAUAAAUAACUGUUGGGCCUCGGUCUAACUGUGUUUAAUGAGAUGGAAAGUGUACUGUAUAACACUUCAUUGCGACAUUUGUUGAAGAGUAUCUGAAGAACAGUUUGGUCCUUGUUUUGUGUGACUACAAAUGGCAUCGGAUGUCUCUACUGACCUUUAUCAAAGAGAACCCCUUCCUUUUUUUUUUUCUGUUUAAAAAAAAAAAAAAAAAAAGUUUAUC